AUGAAUGAAAAGAAAUAUGAUAUAUUAUUAUUAGGUAGUACGGGUUACACUGGAAAAAUGGUUUUAGAAUAUUUACUGAAAAAUUAUGAAACAAAAAUAAUAAAUGAUGAAAUAAAGUUGUUAUGUGCUGUAAGGAGUAUAGAUAGAUUAAGUAAAGUUUUAAUAAGUAUUAAAGAAAAAAAUAAUGUUAAAAUUGAAAAAAUAAACAAAAUGGAAUGUGAUAUAAAUGACUAUGAAUCUAUUUUAAAUUGUUGUAAAAUAUCUAAUGUAGUGAUAAGUACAAUAGGACCUUAUGCAAUGUAUGGAUAUAAUAUUGUUAAAGGUUGUAUUGAAGGGAAUGCACACUAUUUAGAUAUAUGUGGUGAACAUACUUUUAUUUUAAAAAUAUAUAAAGAAUUUAAUAAACAGGCAAAAGAUAAAAAAUUGAAAAUAAUUCAUAGUGCUUCCUUUAUUUCAGCAAUUAGUGAUUUAGGAAAUUUCAUUAUUCAAAAUGAAUUCUUAAAUUUAUAUAAAAAACCAUGUCCAUAUAUUCGAGUACGUAUGUCAACAGAAGGUAGCGAUUUAACAACUAUUGGAAAGGCAACAAUAAAAAGUUCCUUACUAUUUAAAAAAAAUGUAGGUAAUAGUUAUAAUAAGCAUUAUUUAUGUGAUAAUAAAUAUGAACAUGAUAUUUCAUGUGAAAAAAAAUGUCAACAAAAUAAUUCCUUUUUUGAUUAUGAAAAAGAGUUUGGUUAUUGUUUUGAUACUGCUUAUUCAAAAGUUGAAGAAGCUUACGUAUUAUGGUCUAAUUAUUUAUUAAAUUAUAAGUACGGAAAAGAUUUGGUUGUUGAUUAUAAGCAAUAUGAUCCACAUUUAACUACAAUUAAAUAUAUUAUUAAGAAAAUUUUUUCUAUAAUAUCUAAUUUUUUUCGAUCCUUUAUUCUUCCUGAUUAUUUUAUAAAUAAGUAUGUUGACUUAAUUUAUAAACCCAAAACAUCUGAUGAAUUAAAAAAGGCUUAUUGGAAAUGCAUAUUAAUUGGUGAAUCUCAUGAUGAAAAUAUGAAUGAAAAAAUCGCUUUAUAUUUAAGUGGGAAAAAUGAAGACCCUGGUUACUUAUUAACUUCAAAAAUUAUUUCGGAAUCAGCAAUUGCAUUGCUUCAAGAUAAUUUGCCAGACAAUUUUGGUGUAGUUUCUAUAUCAGUUGGUUUAGGUAAGGUUAUAGUUGAUAGAUUAAAGAAAGCUUCAAUUAAUAUUCAUGUUGAGAAAUAA